GAUMUCUGAAUGGGUUGCCAACCUGACUGUGGGAGAAGAGGAAGAGGUUAGUAUGUACAUCCCGCAGGAUCAGCAAGAAGCCGCCAUGAAGGCUUGGGAGGCARAGAAAGACCCUCUGAAACGUCAAGCRUUGGAAGACGAGAAGAGGAUGGAAUGGAAAUUAGCGGUGAUGCGAGAGAAGAAGAGGAGAAUUGACAAGGCAGCGGAGGCGGCAGAGGCCUUAGAGGAAGUGAAGAAYAUAGAGGCGCAAUUAGCCGCCCAGCCCGAUCUCCCGAAUCAGAUGCGAGUCAUAGCUCGAAGCGUCGCAUGCCUGGCACGGGUUCAGGCAGACCAAUAUGACUUUAGCAGAAGCCAGGACAUAGUUGUGCGCUCGAUACGAUUGGGCUUUCGAGACUUUGCYCGUGAGCUGGUAGGCGCCGUUGGAGUCGAGGUGGGUCACCGCCUCGACAAGAMUGAGCGGUUCUGCACCGGCGCCAUUGAAGGCGUCAAGGCGGCAGCUCCCAAGGAGGAGGAAGCACGUCYUCCUCRCCGGGAGCCUGUCAAAGUCAAGUUCCCCGAUUCCUACAGCGGGAAGMGGGAGGAAAACUUUGACAAUUGGGAGGCCAACGUUAAGACCUAUGUGCACUUGCAACAGGUCUCCCUAGAUCAGCAAGUCYUAAUUGCYAUCCACGCACUGAGAGAUGAGGCCGCCAGUUUUGCAAGGUCCCUAGUUCGCGCUGCCAACURUAGUGAUGAUCCCKUUGCGUACUCCUCAUUUACGUCCCUCACCGAAUUUYUGAAGUUGCUGCGCGAGCGAUUUGCUGAUGUCGCUCGCGGUGUCAAGGCCUCAGACAAGCUUCAAACCAUCCAUUCUCGGAAAUGGAAGAGUGCCAGGGCACUCAAGGGUACAAUGGAUGAGUUGGUGGCCGUCCCUAACCAUGGCCGCUGUAUGAACGAUUUGUUCAGGCCGUGGUUAGAUAGAUUUGUUAUAGUGUACCUAGAUGACAUUCUAGUGUUUAGUAAGACCCUCGACGAGCAUCAGGGUCAUCUCAGGCAGGUCUUGGAAAAGCUGAGGGAAGCUAACUUCAAGAUCAAUGCAAAGAAGUGCGAUUGGGCGAAGACCCAAGUUUUGUAUUUAGGCCACGUCUUAGACGGAGACGGCAUUAAGCCUGAAGACAACAAAAUUGCAGCGAUUAGAGAUUGGCCAACGCCGCGUACGUUGACUGAGUUGCGGUCGUUUUUAGGCCUAGCUAACUAUUAUAGGAAGUUCGUGAGGAACUUCUCCACCAUCGCUGCGCCCCUUCGCAGAUUGCUAAGAAAAGAGACAAUCUGGAAGUGGGACAAGGACUGCACGUCUGCCAUGAAGAAGCUAAAGCAGGCGUUGAUAGAGUACCCGGUCCUUAAGGUCGCCGAUCCGUCCUUGCCUUUUGUCGUUACUAUGGAUGCUAGYCAGUACGGCAUAGGCGCAGUGUUGCAGCAAGACGAUGGCAAUGGGUAUAGACCCGUAGAGUUCAUGUCCGCCAGAAUGCCUUCGGAGAAGGUCGCGACAUCUACCUAUGAGAGGGARCKCUACGCUCUCAGGCAAGCGUUAGACCACUGGAAGCACUACUUGCUUGGGAGGCACUUCAAAGUCUAUUCUGACCAUGAAACGUUACGAUGGUUAAAGACGCAGGCCAAGAUGACACCUAAGCUUACUAGGUGGGCCGUCGAGAUAGAUCAGUACGACUUCGAGCUCAAGCCUGUCAAGGGGAAGUACAACGUAGUUGCGGAUGCUCUGAGCAGGAGGGCAGAUUACUUCGGGGCGAUAGUGCAUUACCUUGAUAUAGGGAAAGACCUGCAGCAAGAGGUUAGAGAGGCCUAUGCACAGGACCCUAUCUAUAGUGACCUCCUUAAGAAAGUCAAAGAGACCCCAAAGACUAAGCCGAAUUACCGCACUACUGAAGGAUUGCUAUUUGAGAAGACUAAUGUCUUUGACCGGUUGUGCAUCCCCAAUAGCGAAAAGAUCCGUAGUCUGAUCUUGGGAGAAUGCCACGACACAGAGGGUCAUUUUGGUUGGCAAAAGACCUUAGCCAAUCUGAUGCGCGCGUAUACCUGGCCAGGGAUGAAGAAUGACCUUAGCCAAUCUGAUGCGCGCGUAUACCUGGCCAGGGAUGAAGAAUGACUGCGUAGAGUAUGCUCGCAGUUGUAAGGUCUGCCAGCGUAACAAGUCUUCUACGCGUGCCCCGUUAGGUCUU